GCCGGUGAGCUGUUAGUUUAGGUUAUGUGGUGUUGUAUUGAUGAUGGUUAAUAGUUCACGCAUAAUUUCCAACGCGUUUACUUAAACCUACUAGAGAAUACUUCAACAUAUAGUUUUUAAUAGAAUUAGUUAUUAUAAUGGUUUGGUUGACUCCAACUUUCAGGGAAGCUGCAAAAAAUUUGCAGAAAAGUCCUAAAAAAGCACUGACAUUCAUCGAUUCCCUACGGCUCCACGUGCAGGGAGGGGCUGGCGGAAUGGGCCAUCCCAAAUUUGGAGGGGUGGGAGGUCGAGGGGGCAGAGUAUCGUUUGAAGGAGUGGAGGAUAUGUCAUUAAAAGACCUGAUGAAGUCACUAAAGGGCAAGCACAAAGUAAAAGCAUCGGUUGGGCAAGAUAGUAACGCCAGGAGCAUUCUGGGUAGACCAGGCAAUGAUGUGGUGAUUCAAUGUCCUACAGGCGUCACUAUCAUGUCUGAAUAUGGUAAUAAGCUAGGAGAUGUGAUGAAGAAGGGGGAUAUUGUGCUGGUGGCUGAAGGAGGAGUGGGUGGCUCUCCCACCAAUGGCUACUGUGGUGCCAAGGGCCAAGCUCUGGCAAUCAGCCUCGACCUCAAGCUAAUUGCAGAUGUAGCGUUUGUUGGCUUCCCCAAUGCUGGAAAGUCAACACUGCUCUCCAAGCUGUCACGAGCCACUCCCAAAAUUGCCAACUAUCCUUUGAUCAUGUUUUAUUGUAUGGUCAUGUCGGUGGCUUACAAAGCGUCAUUGAAGAGUUUGCUGAUGGCUCCUUUGAAACCCAACACCAUUCAGACAUGGGAAGAGCUGGAGAAGUCUAACUUGAAAAUAGCAGGAAGCAGACUGGGUUUCUCUGUUCUGAAAGAAAUCAGUGAAGAUCACUUCACGCUGCAAGAGAUAUUGAAGAGGUUUCAAAUAAAAACGUACUCUGAAUUGGCAACACUACUUAAUAGCAUCAAGGAGGGACAUGAUACAGCUUACUUUGGUCUGGAGGAAGGACUCAGUUUGAUGGUUCUGAUGAGCAGAAAGAAAAAUCUCUCAGCAGAGCCCUCAUUAUGUCAGGUUAACGGGGCUGUUGUCUCUUCCCCACUGUCGCUCAGCGUAACCAGAAGAGGCUCUCCGCUCACUUUGUUGAUUAACCGUGCAAUCAUCAAGAACAUGCAGGCAGGUUUGUUGAAACAUAACAUGUCUGUGCCUGUCAAGAGAACUACCUCCAAUAGGAUAACCAGUGAUCCCAAGUCGUACACGCUAAAACAGUUUUAG